AUGGCGGGCAGGGAGCCGUACAACAACUUCCGUCCGGAGGGCAGGCGGUUCUCCCGCUUCCAGGAGGAGCGCGGGUCGGAGAGCGAGACGGAAGACAGCGACGAGGCGUCCGGCAGCCUGGAGGACGAGGAGGAGGCGUCCUGGAUAUCCUGGUUCUGCAGCCUGAAGGGGAACGAGUUCUUCUGCGAGGUGGACGAGGACUACGUCCAGGACGAGUUCAAUUUGUCGGGGCUCAGCGCGCAGGUGCUGUACUACGACUACGCCCUGGACCUGAUCCUGGACUCCGAGUCUCCCAACAGCGAGGUGUUCACGGACGAGCAGCACGAGCUGAUCGAAUCCGCCGCCGAGCUGCUGUACGGGCUGAUCCACGCGAGAUACAUACUCACAGCGCGGGGGCUGGGCCUGAUGCUGGAGAAGUUCAAGACCUGCGACUUCGGGCGGUGUCCGCGCGUGCACUGCAACGGCCAGUCCUGCCUGCCCGUGGGCACGUCGGACAUCCCGCGGCAGUCCACGGUCAAGGUGUUCUGCCCCAAGUGCGAGGACAUCCACGUCCCGAGGUCCAAGUACCACAACCAUGUGGACGGCGCCUAUUUCGGGACCACCUUUCCGCACCUGCUGCUGAUGGCCUACCCGUCGUGGCGACCCGCCAAGCCAACGAGCGUGUACGUGCCGCGCGUGUUUGGCUUCAAGUUGCAUCCGACGGCGUUCGAAUCAGCGGGGCAGUCGGGGGGCGUGUCCAGCAGGGCGGGGUCCAGCCAGGCCGUGCAGAGGGCGCAGCGGAGCGGCCGGAUGGCGAACAGCGCCCCAGCAAACGACGUGGGGGCGAGCCCGGCGAGAAAGGCCAGGGCUGGCGGGCGGGGGGGCAAUGCGGCGGCUAAGUGA